UCGAUAUCUCGGGGCAAAUAUCGAUAUGAUAUCGAUAUAAAAAAUUUUAAAAUAUCAACACCACUAAUACGAAUAUACCAUCACGAAAUAAAAUACAAGUCCAAAACGUAAACAACGGACGAAAGAGAGACAACAGAUAAAAACUAACUCGCUUCUGAUUGGUUGCACAUAUUUGCUCUCGAGACGCUCGUAAAAAAACGAAUUCAAAAAAAUAUAUUGGGUUGCCCUACUUAUCAGUGUUUCGUGAUUCUGAAUUUUUUCUCAUUUUUGGAUUUAGCGGUAAUAAUUGUUGAAAAAUUGAAUAUUCGUGGAAAUUGAAGAGUAAAAAUAGCGAUUAAAGUCGCAUUAGUUCCUGUUACGUGAGUUUCUGUACUUGCUGAAUUUUCUAUAAAAAAUAGUUUGAAUCUAACUAAACAUAAUUACCAUGCCUUCGCCUUAUUCGUUGCAUAUUCUUCACGAAGGAUAUUCCAGGGCAGAUUCCACCGGUAUGGAUGCGAAUUGUACUUGCUCUCUGAUAACUGGGCCUACCAAUAUUAUUGUCGAUACGAUGACUCCGUGGGAUAAAGCGAUUCUCACGAAUGGAUUGACGAAACAUAACGUUAACCCGGAUGAUGUUAAAUUACUCGUAAGCACUCACGGACAUUCCGAUCAUAUUGGCAAUAAUAAUAUGUUUUUGAAAGCCAAACACAUUGUUGGUUUCAACGUGUCGUACGAGCACAAAUACUUCGAUCAUUCUUUUUCGUACGGUGAAGAAUUAGUCGUCGACGAUUAUGUUAAAGUAAUAGCAACGCCCGGUCAUACGUUGACGGAUGUGACAGUAUUAGUGCAAACCGAUGAUUUAGGCUUGGUGGCGAUUACAGGUGAUCUAUUUGAAAAAGAAGAAGACUUGACUGACGAAUCAAUCUGGAUGGUUGACGCGUGUAGCGAAGCGCCGAAACUGCAGGAAAUAAAUCGCAAUAAAAUAUUACAAAUGGUCGACCAUAUAGUUCCUGGGCAUGGGCCAAUGUUCAAAGUUACUAAGGAAAUGAAAGACCGAGUGAAUAAUAUUCAAAACGAACAGCAUUAUAUCUAAUAUAUUAACUUUUCGUACUUGCAUUACAAAUUAAAAUCCAUAAAUACAGUACCUUCUUACUUUGA